AUGCAUGCUUCACCGACGUACUUCUGGUGGCUUUCGACAAAGAUUGCGGCAAGCUUGUGGCUUUCGACAAAGCUACGUCUUCAUUUGUGGCAUGAAGAAGAUGAACAAGGAACUAGGUCUUGCCUUUCUACAUGCAAGAUAUUGAACGAGACUAGAUACUUCAAACCCUUGCCAAAUUCUUGGAUUGGCCUUGUAGAUAGGAGUGAUGUUAUCAGGAUGAGCAUGGUCUAGGAGGACACGGUGUCAUAUCCAGAAUGUUUGGUCAUGAUUCCAUCUUUUUAAUUCAUGAUACUGAAAUAUCCAUUUAAUCUAUAAUAUAUAACUAAUUCAAAUUUUAUUCUCCACUCAUUGUCGAUUAUUGCCAGGAACGCUGCAAAGGAAGUACUUUAUAUGGAUUCUAGGGUGGACCAGUUGGGAUCAUGUCCUAUUUAUCUAUACAGAAAUCAGUAAAAAUGGGAGUUAGGAUGCAAAAGGAGGAAAUCAGAGUUGAAACGGACGAAAAACGAACAAAAUCAGACGAAAAGCCUAAAGACAUGCCGCGUCCUUUAUAAGGCGCGUCGGGCCCCUUAAGAAAAUUCUGGAACUUUGCGAAAAACUCACGAGUCGGUCUACGUAUUCGUGUGCAACAAGGAAACUCGACACCACGACAUGGUGACACCUUUACCACGCUGUUGCGAUGUAAUUUUAUAAAUAUACGAGUUUUGUAGCCCUAAUUCGGAGGCCAUCUUCCACCAACUUCGCGAGCAAGUUAUUAGUCGAUAUUAUAAGUUUUCGAGAGCUGAAGAAUACCUUUGAGGUGUGUA